AUGAAUCGCUACCAGUUCAAAUCUGCCGAGGAGAGAGAUGCAGUUCAGUGCCAACUAUUUGUGGAAAGUCUGGGAGGAGUAGCUCUCGACUUGUUCUCACGACUCGAAGCCAAUUCCAUCGAUAACUACAAGGAGUUAACGACGGCCUUCGUCAAGCACUUCUCCAUGUUCAUCGGACAAAACACCAAGAACUCCGAGCUCUGGCAAAUAGCCCAAGGACCAAGCGAGAGCCUUCGCGAUUUCAUCCAGCGCUUCAAGACGAUCGUAGCUAAUUGUACGAUCAGCGAUGAAGCCGCUCUUUUAUGCCUUCAGAAAGAAGCUCGGAUAAAGACUAGCUUCCAAAGCGCGAUCACGCAUAACCCUCCGCAGACAUUAGAGGAUGCACUACACCGAGCUAAUACUUACAUCGCCGAAGAAGAAGAAGAGGCCGCUUAUGAGCAAAGUUACUCGACCAAACAACCCGAACGUUCAAAAGCAACGACUAACGAGCCACAGUCAGGAUACGGCCGAGGGUAUGAGAAUCGUAAAAAGUUCUACGCUAACGCUAUCGAACAACCGACCAAACAGUGGAACAAUAAGUGGGUCCGCGGUGAAGAAGAUCAGGACGAGUCUUUGUUCUGCGAAUUCCAUAACCGUAGAGGACAUAGCACCGAAGAAUGCAGACACUUGCGAGAAUAUCUACUCGGCCAAUACCGAAAGGGGCCGAUCUCAGUUGAUGAUCUCCGCCGCUUAAACGCGCCAGGAACACUCGAGAACGCCCUCACUAAGGAUCCACCAACCCCACCAGCUUUACCGACGCUACCAACUUUACCGGCGUUACCACCACCGCCACCGAAUCCGCCUGCUUUGCCCGAACAACAGAAACGCAAUCGCGAUGACCGAGCACAAGAGAACCAUGCUCCCGAAGCAAGGAAACGCGUCAACAUGAUCAUGGGAGCCAUCGAGGCUUGCAGCUACUCGGUUCGAGCUAUCAAGGAGUACAGUAGACAGGCCGCCAACGUGCCCAAAGUUCCGCACGAUCCGCCGAAGGGAACGCUUUUGGUAUUUACCGAGGCCGACACAAUCGGGUUGCACAAACCGCAUAACGACGCCCUCGUCGUUGAACUACUUCUCGACGACGUCGAAGUUAGCCGUAUUCUGGUCGAUACAGGCAGUUCGGUCAACAUUAUCUUCAAGGAAGCGCUUGAUCAACUCGAUUUAUCAUCAGAUAGGAUCGAGCCUUUUAUCGAGCCACUUACAGGUUUCGGUGGAGAACGUUGCAUGACGGUUGGCAUGGUAAAUAUCCCAAUCUACCUCGGUGGAGUCGCAAAGAUGACCCAGUUCCUCAUCCUCGACAAACCGGUGAUCUACAACGCUAUUCUCGGUAGGCCUUGGUUACACGCAAUGAAGGCGGUCGCUUCGACGUACCAUCAAUGCCUGAAGUUCCCGACUCCCGACGGUGUCUACACUCCCCGAGGAAACCAAGCCGUCGCUCGAUCAUGCUACAUAAACGAAUGCAAACUUCAUUCGGCCAACCAAGCUUGUGUCAUCAGUUCGUUAGGACCGACGAACGAGCUCGUCGUCCAGCAGACAAAACCUAAGCAGGAGUCGAUCGUUCAAGUUUGCAUCGACGAGCUAAAGCCAGAGCGUCAAGUCGGAAUCGGCGCCGAACUCGACCCACACAUCCGCGAGCCACUCAUUCACUUUCUGAAACAGCAUUCGUCAACCUUCGCUUGGUCGGUAGAAGAUAUGCCUGGGAUCGAUCCACAGAUCGCGUGUCAUGAGCUCAACAUCGAUCCGACGUAUAAGCCAAUCAAGCAGAAACGCCGAAAGCUCGGACCAGAGAAGGCACAGGCCGUCAACGAUGAGGUCGAGUGGUUGCUCAAAGCAGGAUCCAUCACCGAAGUCAAAUAUCCUGAUUGGUUAGCAAACCCCGUAGUCGUCAAGAAGAAGAAUGGUAAAUGGAGGAUCUGCGUCGACUUUACCGAUCUCAAUAAGGCAUGUCCGAAAGAUAGUUUUCCUUUGCCUCAUAUCGACCGCCUCGUGGAAGCAACUGCCGGGAACGAGCUACUCUCGUUUAUGGACGCAUUCUCUGGAUACAAUCAGAUCCUUAUGCAUCCGCAAGAUCGGGAAAAGACAUCGUUCAUCACGGACCGCGGCAUAUACUGCUAUAAGGUCAUGCCUUUUGGCCUGAAGAAUGCUGGAGCAACAUACCAACGACUGGUGAAUCGGAUGUUCGCAAGCCAGCUCGGGCGGACUAUGGAAGUUUACAUUGACGACAUGCUCGUGAAAUCGCUCGUCGCUUCCCAUCACGUCGGUCAACUUCGCACAUGCGUCGAUAUUUUGGAUCAGUAUGGCAUGAAGCUUAAUCCCAUUAAGUGUACGUUCGGCGUAACAUCUGGAGAGUUCCUCGGAUACAUAGUCACACGGCGAGGCAUUGAAGCUAAUCCAAAACAGAUUGCAGCCAUACUCGAGCUCCCGUCUCCGACAACCAAACGCGAAGUUCAGCGACUCACCGGACGUAUUGCAGCACUGAAUCGAUUUAUAUCUAGAUCGACAGACAAGUGCCUACCUUUCUACCAACUUCUUCGCGGUAACAAACAUCUCGAGUGGAAUGAGAAGUGCAAAGAAGCUUUUGCCGAACUAAAGAAAUACUUGUCCAAACCUGAAACCGGCGAGACACUUUACCUCUACAUCGCAAUUUUGGAGUUCGCGGUCAGCAGCGUUCUGGUUCGAGAAGAUCGUGGCGAGCAAAAGCCAAUUUUCUACACAAGUAAAUCCUUUGAUGGGUCAGAAUAUCGUUACCCGACCUUGGAGAAAUUCGCCUUUGCCGUGGUUAUUUCCGCAAGGAAGUUACGCCCGUUCUUCCAGUCUCACUCGAUCGUUGUCCUAACCGAUUACCCUCUUCGCACUUUCCUUCACAGCCCAAGUCAAUCCGGACGACUCGCCAAGUGGGCCAUUGAACGUAGCGAGUACGACAUCGAAUACCGAGGAAGAACUGCAACGAAGUCUCAAGUCCUGGCGGAUUUCUUGGUCGAGCUCCCACCUGAGCUCGUCGAAGCUAAUCCGGUCAUACACCCCUGGAUUCUCCACGCCGAUGGCUCCUCAUCCCAUAAAGGAUCCGGCGUCGGGAUUCGUCUCAAAUCCCCCGAAGGAGAGGUUAUCGAACAAUGA